AUGCUUCUUCGCAGCACGCGGCGUCCAGCGGGGCAGAAUGACCGGCAUUACGCCGUACUAGGAAGCAGCGGUAAAUGCAACAAGAACGAUUCUCCGUACGCUGUUGACUUACCUGCGUUUCCACAGCCGCGGGCGGCUUCCGGCAGCAGUGGCGCGAUAGAGACCAUGCCGGGGAUCUUACACGUCGACGAAGCCGGGUCCCAACAUGGAAAGACUCUGUCAGGGCACGGAGCGACUCCCUCGCGCACAGGCCUUUUGGAUCUACCUGAAAACGCGGGAAGAGGGGCAGAGGAUGAAUAUGACGACGGCAGGGAUUCGUCCUCUUCCCCUUCGAGUGCCUAUGUGCGUCACCGUCGCUACGAAAAUCCCUUCACCGCCUAUCAGCCGGUGUCGGAUCCGUACGACCGCCACCGAGAAAUUGAGCGGCAGCAACGGUUUAUAAAUGACAGCAAACAACUAGGACGGCCAUUUAUUCCAAGUGGUGGGCGAGCGCUUGAUAGGCCGACGCGUUACAUGUUGGGCGAUUGCGUUGCUGCCAUUUACCGCACGGUAGCGCGUGACUGGCCCGAGGCAGUCCCAAUGGUCAUCUCCACCGCGGAGGAUCUCAUCGUCGUUUACAUGAAAAGGGAGAGAGUGCACAACGCGCGCACGCUGCUGCGUUAUAUGAACAACUCCUUGAAGCGAAACGAGGCGGUGCGCACGUUCGACUUACGAAAAGUUCCGGAGGGAUGGGAUGUCAUUACGGAUGACGGGCAUUUGAUGUACACCUUCAAGCCGCCAUGGGUGCGACAGCGGCGGUUUCUACCAGACCAAGUAGUGGCCCGCAAAGCUCAUUAG